AGCUCGCGUUACACACCGCUUGGCUGUGUGCUUGCGGCAGGACGCGAGAGACUCCGGCUCCAAGACACUCAACCAAGAGGAAGGAUGGCCAGUGCCUUCUCUAAGUUGCUAACUGGCCGCAAUGCUUCUCUGUUAUUUGCCACGCUGGGCACCAGUGCCCUGACCACCGGGUACCUGGUGAACCGGCAGAAUGUGCGUGCUGAGGCCCGGGAACAGCACAAGCUAUUCCCUCCGAGUGCAGACUACCCUGACCUUCGCAAGCACAACAACUGCAUGGCCGAGUGCCUCACCCCCUCCAUCUACGCCAAGCUCCGCAACAAGAUGACGCCCAAAGGCUACACUCUGGACCAGUGUAUCCAGACUGGAGUGGACAACCCUGGUCACCCCUUCAUAAAGACUGUGGGCAUGGUGGCUGGUGACGAGGAGUCCUAUGAGGUGUUUGCCGACCUUUUUGACCCUGUCAUUAAACUCAGGCACAAUGGCUACGACCCCAAGGUGAUGAAGCACCCCACGGAUCUGGAUGCAUCCAAGGUAGGCUCAGCCGCCUCUGGCCGCUCCUGUCAGCUGGCACCCCAGGGCCCACAGAAGUGGUGGGAACUAGGAAAACCUGGGAAGGAGCUAAUCCAGGUGGAGCCUGCCCUGACAGGCACUGGAUCCAGCCUCUGGGAUGCCUGCCGCCUCCACGUCCAACACAGCUUCACUCCAACACUAGAGUGGACAGAACCCAGCCCCAAAGCACAGCUAAAACAGGAUGGCAGUUUCAAAAACUUGGACACCUGGCACUGGCAGUCAUGCCCGAUCUCAUCCGUUUCUCCUUUCUGCUUUGUCCCUCUUGGCCUGCAGGACCACUUUCUGUUUGAUAAGCCAGUAUCCCCUUUGUUAACGUGUGCUGGGAUGGCCCGUGACUGGCCUGAUGCCCGGGGAAUCUGGCAUAAUUAUGACAAGACAUUUCUCAUCUGGAUUAAUGAGGAAGACCACACCAGGGUAAUCUCUAUGGAAAAAGGAGGCAAUAUGAAAAGAGUAUUUGAGCGAUUCUGUCGUGGACUAAAAGAAGUAGAACGCUUGAUCCAAGAACGAGGCUGGGAGUUCAUGUGGAAUGAGCGCCUCGGAUACAUUCUGACCUGCCCUUCGAACCUUGGCACAGGAUUACGGGCUGGUGUCCACGUUAAGAUCCCGAAGCUGAGCAAGGAUCCCCGCUUUUCCAAGAUCCUGGAGAACCUGAGGCUGCAGAAGCGUGGCACGGGCGGUGUGGACACUGCGGCGGUGGCAGACGUGUACGAUAUUUCCAACAUCGAUCGAAUUGGCCGGUCAGAGGUUGAGCUCGUUCAGAUAGUCAUCGAUGGAGUCAAUUACUUGGUGGAUUGUGAGAAGAAGUUGGAGAGAGGUCAAGAUAUUAAGGUGCCACCGCCUUUGCCUCAGUUUGGCAGAAAGUGAACUUUCCCUUCCCCAUUUAUAAGUAAUGUGUCUGCUGGUAUGACAGACAUAAAGGUAUUUCUGCUCUGAGAGUUUUUGUAGACUUGGGAAAAUGUAAAAUUGUAUCUUAUCUUUAGAAUAAAACUCUCCUUAAUCUC